UUGAAUGCUGCUCUGCUACUUCUGUUCUGUUCUGGCUGAUGAUGAUGAUGAUGUUGAUAGGCUUGGGCUCCCCAAGUCUGCCCGCUGCCCGCUGCUUUUGCCGAAGGCUAGCAUCAUAACCCGGUUGGAUGUUUAAGCGGCGUGGCGCACAUUUCCACCGAGCAACAUAAACAAUAAACAUUGUGGCCAGGCUAAGGCUAAACGAAACCAAAUGCCAAAGCCGAAAGCCCCAACUUGAUGUUGAUGGUGAAACGGAUUCAAUUUCAGUCUUUGGUUGACAUUCGAACGCGCUGGUUAGAGGUUCGGGUUAUCAGUCCAGAUUGAGUUUGAGAGUGUUUUGGAGGCUUGAGUAGUGCAGUGUUCAUUUGCAACUUGCUUAUGGGACGACGAAGUUGAAGUUCUUCUUCCUCAAAAUUUUGUGUUUCAACUGAAAAGGCCCAAAGGGUGGUGUUUUUUUUCUGAUUUUAAAACGUUUAGGUUUUCGUUUUUUUUUUAAUUUCCUCGUGUCUGGAUCUUUUUUCGACGAGACGACGCGAACGAAGCGGUACGGGGGCUGCAUUCUCAAGUGCGAACAAAGUGUUGCGGUUUUUGCGGUUCUUUUAGUGUCGUUGAUGAAAUUUAAUUUUCAAUAUUCAAAAAUAAAAACGGAUAUCCGCGUUUUCGUUGAGAUUUGAAAAUUUAUUCGCGGCUAUUUUUAAAAAAAGAAGAAGAAGAAAAAACGUUUGUGUCCGAACCCGAGUGAGUGCGUUUUUGUUUUGUUCGGAACAUCAAUUGGUGGCGCAAGGGCGAGGAGCGGGAUGAUUAAGCCCAAUUUGUGUGUUUUUGUAUAAAUUUGAUUGUAAUGAGAUAAUAAGUGCCACUAAUAGCCGUUUGCGAAUCUAUCUUGAAUCUGGAUUAACUGGAGUUAGCGAGUUGGUUUUUUCUUAUACGCGGACGACUUGACGGACGUGAACGUGAUUGUGAGUAGGUUGAAAGCGGCUUCACAUCACGGACAUCUUUGUCCACCUCUUUGUGUGUCCAUUAAACUCCUCUUUGUUAUGUCUUGUGUGGUUAUAUACCUUUAGAGAGUGCGGAACGUUUUAGAUCAUUUAAAGUCGUUGGUUGGUUGGAUAGAUGGAUGUCGUAGCCGUCGACUUCUUCGACAUCGCCAUCACCAUCACCAUCUCUAUCGCCAUCGUCAUCGCCUUGGCCAUCACCAUUGCCAACGUCCAGCUCACAUAUAGGAACCCACAAUAAAUACAAACGAAAAUAAAAAAGUCCAGAUAAACUGUAGCAGCGAAAGAAACGGUCAAACGACGGAUCAUCGGUUGGAGGCUAAGAGCAGCAGCAGCAGGAACUGCAGAAUCAGCAUCAGCAGCUCAGUAUUUUCGACAACUGUGCUGUCGUCGUUGUCGUCGUUGUUGACGUUCGUCGUCAUCAUAUUCUGGCAAAGGAAACAACAAAUUUAACCCCAAUUAAGAUUCUUCUAUAACAAAGUAUAUAAAGUAAAAAGCGUUAAUCAACACUUGCUUAGGUGCCAUCAUUAUCACCAUCACCAUAGCAUAGCAUAGCCAUAUCAUCAUCUUCAUAUUCGAAUAAUUCUUCCAUAGAUAUAUUAGGGAACAGAUAGGUCCACAGUCAUCUUUAUCCUCAUCCAGUAUUAAAGAGGGUUAGAUACUAUAUUUUGGAUCAGCAACAUUUGCUCCUCCUUAGAAUAGAAGGAAGGACCACAGGAGAGAAGACGAAGAGAAAGAAGAAAAAAAAUAUUAUAAAAACUAAUAGGCAAACAUGUUAACACUCAGUGAACUGUUUGUGGAAGCAAUCCAGCUCGUCCAAGAUGGAAUGGAGUGACGACACGAUAUUAUGAGCUGAACAAACUCUGGUGGUUUAACAUCGUCGUCUUCGUAGACGUAGUGUUUCUGGAGGCAGCAAACCCAAACGCAAACGCAAAGUCAGCAAAAUCAUCCAGGAAAACCAUAUAUAACUUUAACUAUAGGAUACAUGUAGAAAAACAGUGUUGGCUCUGUGAUGAAAGAAAUUAUAAAAAUCAUUUUACAAGCAAAAUUGUGAAGAAAAUUAACGCAAGCAUAAAUAAAAAUACAACAACAAAACAAACAUAUAAAGGAAAACAAAAAGGAAAAGAAAAACAGCAGAAAGUUUGGUGAAAAAGAAAGAAAAACAGAUAUUAUAGAAGUGGAGGAAGAGACGAGGAACCUUUAACUGCUGCAACAUGGAUUGCCUUUGCAGACCAUCAAGGAUAAUGCCUGUUAGGAUAGUUCUUCUAGAUGAUACGGACUUUAUUUAUGAAUUGAAGGACGAUCUACCCGGACAAGCACUUUUAGAUGUUGUUUAUGCCAGACUUAAUUUAAUCGAAACAACUUAUUUCGGUAUUCGAUACAUCGAUGAAGAAAACCAAACGCAUUGGCUAGACCCGGCAUCUAGGAUAUCAAGGCAAUUGAAACCAAAGUCAGAUCCUUUUGAUUUGUAUUUUGGGGUGAAAUUCUAUGCAGCGGAUCCUUGUAAAUUAUUGGAAGAAAUAACAAGGUACCAGAUAUUCCUGCAAGUCAAACAGGAUGUCCUUCAGGGCAGGUUGCCAGUAUCAUUCGAGUUGGCCGCUGAGCUUGGAGCGUUUGUUGUUCAAUCUGAAUUGGGCGAUUAUGAUCCACGGCGACAUUCGAAAGGAUACGUCUCGGAGUUCCGGUUGCUGCCAAAUCAAACUGGCGAACUGGAAACACGUGUUAGCGAAUUACAUCAACAAUUAAAGGGCAUGUCACCGGCAACGGCUGAAAUCAACUACCUCGACAAAGUAAAAUGGCACGACAUGUAUGGCGUUGAUUUACAUCCGGUUCUGGGAGAAGACAGCGUUGAGUACUUUCUUGGACUUACACCGAGUGGCAUAGUCGUCCUUAGGAACAAGACAACAGUGGCUCAUUACUAUUGGCCUCGAAUAGCUAAAGUUUACUACAAAGGACGAUAUUUUAUGCUGAGAAUCUGCGAUAAAAAUAAUGAAUUAAGCACGUACGGCUUCGAGACACCAAGGAAGUCAGCAUGCAAACACCUUUGGCGGUGUUGCGUGGAGCAUCAUGCAUUCUUCCGCUUGGUGAGGGUUGCACCAAUUCAGUCAUCAUCGCAAUCAUCGGAACUGUUCACACUUGGAUCACGUUUCCGCUACAGUGGACGAACGGAAAAACAAGCAGCUAAAGAUGCACUGUCCAUUGGCAGAGCACCACCCCCAUUCACACGAAUGCCAUCGAAGCGCCAACCGAGACGUGUGAUGGAUGACUUUCUGAGUGGAAUCGGUGGUGGUGGGGUUGGAGUUGGCGUUGGAGUUGGUGUUGGUAGUGGCAACGGGAUUGGCGGUAAAAAUGGCGAAAGUUACGUUGGGAAAACUCAGGAAAUUAAAAGCAUUUCCAUACUGCAACCCGUGCAGACAUACGAAAGUCCAUAUCGAUCAACCUACAGCAUACCAACUAGCCUUGGCAUCCGUCCAUAUAGUAAUAAUAAUAAUAACAAUAAUCACAAUAACCCAACAAUAACACCUGACUCGCCACGAAGUACACGAAGUGCACCUUGGCCCAGGUCACAGCAGCGUAAUCUAUUUGGCAAUUCAUCAAGUCCGCGAUCGGUGCGUUCUGCAUCAACGACGCGUCAUAGUACGCACGUUCCUACACACAGCAGCAGCCACAGUCACAGCCAUAGCCAUAACCAUAGAUAUCGAUCUAGCUCUGUGGAGAGUCAUUCAUCCAAUGAUUCGCAUUCCACAAGAAGGCACAAGCACCGACACCGCCGCACUUCAGAUAAUGAGAGUGAAUUAUCACGUGGAUCUGGCAAAUCGGGACGAUCUCAUCACUCGCACCGCAAACACCGGCGAUCGCGGCACCGUCGCAAUUCUGGAUCGGAGAAUGACAGCAGUCGGGGACGCAGCUACUCGGGUCAUCGAUUGUCGGCGAGCGGUUCGGCUGGCGAACUAAUCGAUUCGACAAGUCAAUGGCGGGAAGUGCAACGGCGACAGGCCGAUGGCCUGGGUCAGAGUUCCGUCCAGCAGGCGUCUGUAUCGAAGAGCAGUAUGGUGGCUAGAAGUUUGCACAGUAAUGAUAGUCAUUCGGACACCCAUUCGCAUCAUAAGUCCCGUCGGCACAAAAAGAACAAAUCUCCAUCGGACUCUAGAAACCGUAUUUGGUCAAGUGAGCUAGCUAAGCAUCUGCAGUUUGACCUAGUCGACACGGCCGGCAUGACUGAGGACCAACUGCGCGAGAUCCCCUACACUGUGGUUGAGACGAACCAUUCGAAGCGAACAGGUUCAGGCAACUUGAAAAUCCACAAGAGCAACAGCAGCGGCAACAACACCACCGGCAGUGGUGGUGGCGGUGGGGGACAGAGCAAUCGGAACCGCGUCGACCGGAUAAGAGGUUUGUAUUUCCAAAGUUCGAAUCCGAACGAUAGUUCCGGAACUAAAAGUGGAUCGAUCCGUUCGGCUAGUACGAUCUCGUCUAGGGAAUGUGAUCGCAAUUCCGGAUUAGUUAGAAUGAUGUCGAGUAUGAGUAUGGGAGAUUUUAUAUCACCGACAGGUUCGAGUUUAAGCCCUCUAGAUAAUUCGGCGUUGAGAGUCUCCCACGAACACACUGAUUCGGGUCUGGGAGCAGAUCAGGAUUAUGCUUAUUCUUCGGAAAGAUCGAGUGAUAGUACCCGUUAUGGAACAAACAAAUCCUCAGGUGCCUCAUCGGGAAGUCAUGGUCGACCGCGGGAAGGUUCAACAGCCUUUCCCAACAUGAUGCAUCACCAAUCUGUGAGUAACAAUAGGAAAUCCUCAUUGUAUUCUUCUAAUCGCCAGCAACAGCAACAACCACAACAAACAUCACAACACAACCAGCAACAAAGCUAUAAAUACACAUCCCCGGCUCCUAUACAUAAUUCAUCCUCUACUAACAAUAACAGUUCAUUUUCAACUAACAAUAACAACAAUUCGAGUUCGAAUUUAAAUUCAAUUUCGAAUUCGAAAAAGGUGACAGCUCCUUCACAAUCUAUUACCAACAAACAACCAUCAUCGGCCAAUGCAACAUCUUCACUGACAGCGCAACAAGUUGCCAAUAACAAUCGCUUACUAAACUACACAACUUUUGAAAAUAAUCACUACAAGUUCAGCUUGAAUAAUCCAAGCGCCGGUGAAGGCAUCUCGGGCGGUAGUUAUUGCUUAGAUCCCUACAAUCGUCCCAUGUCCUCGGCUUCGGGUUAUUAUCCUGGUGGUGGUGUUAGAGUGUCGCGAGGCACGGCCAAGUCUGAUAUUGGUGUUCCAACUCGGCGGCCAUCGUCGAAGAAAUUAAUGGCCGGCAGUAAUCCGGGUGCCGGAUACCCUCAUAACGGUUUGCAUCGCGGUAAAUCUGAUCUCUUCCUUUCCUACGUACACAGCAGCGGUAGAAGUGAGUACGGUUCUUCGAGUGGCUUAGGCGGUUUGGGCAGUGGGCGAUUAAGUGAUGCUUGGCAUCAUGGAAGCCACAACAAACAACAACAAUCGACAUCGCAACAAGCUGCCGCUUAUCAUAUUUCAGGUGUUCAGACAUCUGAUUUCGCAACUCCCGUGAUGUAUGAUCAAUUUAGCCCAGCAAAUCGUCGCAGUAAUCGACAGACAAACAAUGAUGUUGUCUAUUAUCAGUUCGAUAAUAAGCUUAUGAGUCCAAAGGAUUCAGGGCCUUCGGUGGGGCCGCUUGUUUAUAUUGAGAAUAACUCGCAACAAAUGGCGGCGUAUCGACAAAAUGCAACUGCAAUGGAAAAUAAGACACAAAAUAGCCCCUGUAGUAAUGAGGGAUUGAUGGAAUUCACCCAAAAAAAUCAGAUGUCCUCCCAACAUCAGCAGCACAACCAUAAUAAUAGCAACACCAAUACCAAUACCAAUAUCAAUAUGAACACCAACACCAACAAUACCGCCCUCACUAGUGUUGGUGAUCAAAAUAUUAACACACAAAUUAAAUCCUCCAGCUUAGAGAUAAUACUAACUCCAAUUAUCCAAAGUAGCCGACGAGUGCAAUAGUUGGAGAGAUGAGUACAGAAUUAUAGAUAAACAUGAAUAAUUUCAUCAAGGAUAAUCUUGUGUGCAUUCAUCGGAUAAGAGAAGAAGAAGAAACCAGCGCCAGCGCCCGGAUGCUAAAACAACUAAAACAACAAAAUUCAAUUCAAUUUAAUCCUAAUGAAACAACAUUUUGGUGGUAAUCAAAUUUUUGUCAGUCAGUUCAGUUCAGCAAGUGCUGAAAUUUACUCAUGCAAUAGUUUUGAAUGGCGAAAACUACCAGUUGCAAUUAUAUAUUAUAUUUAUUUGUUAAUUUUUGAAAAUGAACUCUGGAUGGUUCCGUCCUUUUUUUUGUGUUUCUAAAUUCUGGUAUUUAGUUAUAUCUAAUUGAAAAUUCUCUAAUUAGCUUAGAGAAAUUAGCAGAGUGCAUGAUAUUGU